UGCAGCUUCAGUUAUCUGUACUGUUAGUUUUACUGGGUCGGUUGAUUUAGAAAGCAAAACAAUUUUAAAACGGCUUUGUUUAAAACUGUUACAUUGUUUUGAAUAACACAACAAAUCCCGUGGUCUGAUUCUAUUAAAAUGGGUAGAUGUGUAUGCCGCACAGACUGUAUAGAGAAGCCAAUCUGCGCAGCUUUUUAUAAAUUAGGGCAUUUUGUAGGAUCACAUCCCUGGUGGUUUCUAGUGAUCCCUUUGCUGAUCUCGGGUGGUCUGGGGGCAGGCUUUUAUUUUCUGAAGGAGUAUGAAGCAAACGACAUCGAAGAGCAGUUUACUCCCUUGGAUGGCCCUGCAAAGGGGGAGCGAGACGUUGUACAGAAAUUCUUCCCUCAGAAUGACUCGGACUUUUCCAGCCAGCGGCUCUACACGGAGGGGACCUACGCGUCCCUGAUUGCAGUUUCCAGAGAGAACAUUUUAACAGAAACUGCAUUUAAAGAAAUAAUUGAACUAGACAACACUGUAAAAGACAUAACUUCAGACAAUAAUACAUAUUUAGAUCUGUGUGCUAAAACAAACAACGAAUGUGUUCCAAAUGCGAUAUUAGAAAUAAUACAUUACAAUGCCAGCGAAAUAGCAGAUAUUAAUCUUACCUAUCCCAUGUACAAAACGAACAUAUUUCUUGGAUCGACUGUUGGCGGAGUCGAUAUAAAAGGUCAUGUAGUAGAUAAAGCAACAGCAAUUAGACUGUUUUACUAUUUAAGAGACGACGAGGCGGGAAAAAGCAACUUGUGGCUGGAAGAAUUUCAAAAAGUAUUUUCAGAAUACUUGACAGAAAAUAAAACUCUUCAGGUAUCGUAUUUUACUUCAUUAUCAAGGCAGCAGGAGUUUGAAGGCAAUUCUAAGAAAGUGAUCCCAUUGUUUUCCAUCACGUAUUUCCUUGCCAUUUUCUUUUCAAUUGUAUCUUGCUUGAGGUUUGACUGUGUCAGAAAUAAGGCAUGGGUUGCCACCUUUGGAGUCCUGUCAGCAGGCUUAGCGGUGCUGUCUGCUUUCGGGAUGUUGCUGUACUGUGGAAUGCCGUUCGCUAUGACUGUGGCUAACGCCCCGUUCCUGAUUCUAGGGAUUGGCGUUGAUGACAUGUUCAUUAUGAUCUCCUGCUGGCAGCAAACCAAGGUUCAUGAUUCCGUGGCAGACCGCUUGGCAGAGACGUAUAAAGAGGCAGCCGUCUCCAUCACCAUCACCACUCUAACUGAUGUCUUGGCUUUCUACAUAGGCAUCAUGACACCCUUCCGAUCGGUGCAGUCGUUUUGCCUCUACACAGGCACUGCAGUUCUGUUCUGCUAUCUGUACAACAUAACAUUCUUUGGCGCUUUCUUGGCUCUCAAUGGAAAAAGAGAAAAGGGCAACAGGCACUGGCUGACGUGCAUGAAGGUGGAGCAGGACUGUCCAGCAGGACGCUCUAAAGGGUACAGCAUGUGCUGUGUAGGAGGGGCAUAUGAUGCAGACACCGGCUGUGAGAAAGAGCAGCCAGUGUAUAUGUUCUUUAAGAGGUACUAUGGCCCUUUUCUUACAAACACAUGGACCAAAGUGUUUGUGGUGUUGCUGUAUGGGGGGUACCUGGCUAGCAGUAUUUAUGGGUGUCUUCAGAUGCAGGAAGGUAUAGACCUUCGAAAUCUGGCGUAUGACGGUUCAUAUGUUGUUAACUACUAUGAUGAUGAGGAUGCUUAUUUUUCAGAGUAUGGACCAAGAGUUAUGGUUGUUGUUACAGAACAAGUUGAAUAUUGGAAUAAAGAUGUCCGUCAAGAGAUUGAAAGUUGUUUGAAAGUGCUUGAAAAACACUUGUAUGUUGAUGCAAGCCUGUCUGUUUCAUGGCUAAGAAUAUAUGAGAAUUUCUCUAGAUUACUAAAUAUCAGCUUAAAUAAUGAAACAGUAUUUAAAGACAAUUUAAAGUUUAUUCUUCCAACCUUUAAACAAGACAUUAGUAUCUCUAAUGAUGAUAUUAUUGCCUCCCGCUUCUUUAUUCAGACCAUAAAUAUUACCACUCCAAUCAAGGAAAAGAACAUGCUGAACGAGCUGAGAGAGGAUGUAAAGAACUGUGUAGUCCCAGUACUGGUUUAUCACCCAGCAUUCAUCUACUUUGACCAGUAUGUAGUCAUAGUCUCUAACACGAUACAGAAUAUUGCAGUGGCAACUGCAGUAAUGUUGGUCAUCGCCCUCCUGUUGAUUCCCAAUCCACUUUGCUCUUUGUGGGUAACGUUUGCCAUCGGAUCUGUCAUUGUUGGUGUUGCCGGCUUCAUGUCUUUCUGGAAUGUUAACUUGGACUCCAUAUCUAUGAUCAAUCUGGUCAUCUGUAUAGGCUUCUCUGUAGAUUUUUCUGCACAUAUUUCCUAUGCAUUUGUGUCAAACAGCAAACGCGAUGUAAAUGAGAAGGCCGUUGAUGCGCUCUAUACUCUGGGUUACCCUGUAGUCCAGGGGGCAGUUUCUACUAUACUGGGUGUCGUUGUUCUGGCUGCAGCUGAAAGCUACAUCUUCAGGACAUUUUUCAAAAUCAUGUUCCUGGUCAUUCUAUUUGGGGCAGUUCAUGGUCUCACAUUUCUUCCAGUGUUUCUGACCUUCUUUGGGGUUUGUAGCAAGACUGGGGAGGUAACUAGUAAAAAGCAGAGUGAUGUGAAAGAUAAUGAAAGCAGGAAUUGCAUAGAUGGAGCUGAUCAUAAAGAAUCUAGAUACGCUCUGACAUUUACUAAUCAUGGCCUUGAACAAGAUGAUAGAGCAGGCCCAGCUGCUGUUGAUGGCAGGGAUGUUGCUAUUAGUAAUGCAUUUGGACACCCUGUGACUACCAGCAGCCACAGCCUGAAAAGAGAACCUUAUAAACAGAAAGCAUCUGAGAUGCAUGCAGAUGGACAUUUGGAUCCAGACUGCUCUUAAAUCUGAUGAUGCUUUCAGAAAUUCAAGGCAAUGCUCUGCACUUAUCCCUUAUAUAAGUUUACCACAGUAAAUUUGAACAAUAAUUUCAGUUUCCCCAUGCUUUUACCAUGGUUGUAGUAUACAUUUGCCAUGGCUUGUCAUGUUUUUUAAUAGGACUUACCAUACCUCUCUGAACAUUACAAUGCUUACCUAUAAUCGAUUUCUCUAUGCUUUAUUACACAUGAGUAUGCUUUUACCAGGGUAAACGUUUAUAAGUGUUUAUACACACCACAUCAUAUUUCAUUAUUGUACAGACUGAAGGAUAUUAUUCUCUAGAGUAAAUUUAUUGCAGCAAGUGUAAGGAAUGUUGACAUGAAUGAAGUAGGGCAGUUCAUUUAAACUUGCUGAAAUUCAGACCUCAUCUUUAUGGCCCAUCCAACCUGUAGCUUUUCCUCAACAAUUGCAAAUUGAGAAUUUGAAUGAAUAAUUAUUAUCUUAAACAAAGAUGUGUUUAUCACUAAACCAUGGCUAUAAGCUCUCAUGUGUGUACACGAUAUAUAAGGAGUUUUUUUAAUUACCUUUAAGAAUUUUCUUGUUGAAGACAUGGACUGUUUUGUGGCACUGCUUAUUACAUAAUGCUGUAUUGUUUCUGAAAUGUAUGUACUUAUUUAAAUGGAUGUUAAUUACAAUCAAUACAAUUAUUUAUUGGCUAGCUGUAUUUUAAUGCGCCACUUUAUUAUACCCCACAGUCUCUUACAAUUUAUUAAAUGCAGGUUUUACUGUACCGCCCUCAGACAUUUACUGUAAAAUAUAUGCCCGUUGCAUUUUAGAAAAAAAAAAAACCUCUGAAAACGUGUACGUCUGCUUGUCAACAUUUCUUUCAUGUUUGCAUGUUAAACUUUGUCCUGGAUUUUUUCAAGAGCAUUUGUUUUAAUAGCUUAGCAAAAUCAAGCACAUGUUUGUUUGUAAUUUAAAUUAUGUUUUUGCAAAGCAUGACAUAUAGAAAGUAAAUAUGUAGAAGUCGGUUUGAAUGUAUUUAAACAAAACUUGAUAGUA